AUGGCCGUCAAGGCUCUCCCAGCACAUGUCGACACCGUCAUCGUCGGCAACGGCCCCUCCGCCCUCAUCCUAUCCUUCAUCCUCCACGGCAACACACCCUUCUACAACCCCACCAGUCCCCAUCCAGAUCCUAUCCUGCACAAGAAGCUCUCAGAGUCGCCCUGCCUCCUCGAUGUUGAUGUGUACGACCUCACCGCUCACUUUGCAGCUUCGCGUCUCUUCAACUCAUCCCAAGCCCUUCCCAUCAAUGUCCUCCUCGAUACCUUGAUCCGCCCAUUGGCCGAUACAGUUCCUGAGGAAUACAAUACAUGUUUGGAAUGGAGGCUUGAGCCGGGGAAGAAGGUGCCACAUGUGGUUUUGGGCGACACUGCCCAAGUUGGUGGGCAAUGGGCAGACAAUCCGGUAUCCGCGAGCUGGGACAUUGGAGCGUUGAGCUACGCUGAGAUGCUGUCACUCCCAGGCUAUAGCUUCGAGGAGCACUAUAAAAAGACAAGAGAUGGAGCGGUACCCAAAUUCCACCGACCAACGCGACGAGAGGUCGCCCGAUAUCUUGCGGCAUAUUCUGAAGAGACUGGAAUUCAGGAUUCGGUCUACACCAAUGUGGAAGUGGGAGCCAUUCGCAGACUUCACGCUGGCUUCCACGUUGGGUCGCACAACAUCACAUGCAGACAUCUCGUCCUGGCCUCCGGCAUCUUCUCCAAUUUGAUCCCUCCACGCCCGUCCUUACUUCCACUGUACGCCGUGCCUAGGCCCAAUGUCUUGAGUGAUGUACCAUUGCUCGUCGUCGGCUCGGGUUUCACCGCUGCCGACGUCAUCAUCUCCACCCCGGCUAAUCGCAAGAUCAUCCACAUCUUCAAGUGGGAUCCUGAGAAUCGUCCCUCGCCCCUCCGAGCAUGUCACCCACGCGCAUACCCUGAGUACGCGGGUGUCUACAGGCGCAUGAAGCUAGCUGCAAAACAAGUCUUAGGCGGCAGCGGUAAUAGCUCUCCGUUAAGGAGAAGAAAAUCCAAUCCCUUCUUCGCGGAGCGUGAUUGGGACAACUUCUACGAAGGUCUACCAAAUACCUACAUCAAGGAUGUUGCGGUAUCUGGCGAAACUGCAUAUGUCAGCCUAGAAAUAGGAGACGGAACGAUGCUACAAAGACAGAUCUCCAAUAUGGAAUAUGUGAUUGGAAGGCGAGGGUCUUUGAACUACCUCGACAACAGCCUUGCAAGGGAAGUCCUUGGUACGCUGGAUGAAACAAUGAAUCCUCGACCCGCCAUCUCCGGCCCUACCUUGAGGUCUAGAGCCGAGAAGAGCUUGGAACUCGCCCCGGGUGUCUUUGCCAUCGGAAGCUUGACUGGGGACUCGCUAAUCCGAUUUGCGUACGGUGGCUGUGUCUUUGCUGCGCGAGAGAUCUUAAGACGCACGGAAUCUACCGCUGCCACCAUUGGCAGUGCCGUACAUUCUCCCUCAGAGGCCCCUUCAAUCCCCACUGUUCCCCUAGGAGAUCAGCCUGAAACGGGGCACUUAGACAUCGUCUCCACCAAUGGCCAUUCUGAUCUUCACCUACAUAGAGCUAUGCGCUCGUUAUCGACAGACCGAGAGAUUGCGGCCCCCAAGAAUGCUCCCAGCCCCUUUGACGAACGACACAAAUACAUACCACGGCCGUCGACCUUGUAUACACGACGCAAGAAAUGUCGCCAGGAGGACAAAGAGCAAGACCUUGAGCACAAUGCCUAUCCAGCCGAGGAGGAUGAACUGCAAGAUGGCAGAGUCCGACCAGCAUUUUUCGAGGUACCGGAGCUCUCCGCCCUCUUGGCGAAAGGCUUCUUCGAUGCACGCGGUGCUGUGGAAAAUGUUGGCUACGAAGCCGGCAGCGUUGUCCUAGGCACACGCGCCGGCGCAGAGAAAGGCGUGGUAGACGAGCAGGACCAGCAGGCAAGCGGCGCCGCCGACGGCGCAGACGACGAUGAAGGCGAAUUGGGUGAAGAGCCAGAUGGUGUGGAGGCAGUCGAGGAAUUCGGAGGGUUCGAGCAUGACUUUGCUGGGUGGGGAUGA